AUGUUGGUACAGCGAGCAUCAGAGGCUAAUGUGAAGCUUUUCAACGAGCGCGUCCUCAAGGAAGCAACGGAUGACUUCGAUGAGAGACACAUCCUUGGGCAGGGAGGCCAAGGCACGGUCUACAAAGGUGUCUUACCCGACAACACCACCGUGGCGAUCAAGAAAGCUCUAGUAAGCGAACCUGACGAGUUUAUAAACGAGUUUCUACUGCUUUCUAAAGUAAACCAGCGCAACGUGGUUAAGAUGAUCGGGUGCUGUCUCGAGUCUGAAACUCCCCUGCUGGUAUACGAAUUGGCAACCAACGGAACGCUCUUCGACCACCUUCACGGCUCCUUGCUAGGCACAUCUCUCACAUGGGAGUGUCGACUGCGGAUAGCGAUACAAGUCGCUCAAUCUCUGGCCUAUCUACAUUCAUCCGCCUCUGUCCCGAUCAUUCACAGAGACGUGAAAUCAGCCAACAUCUUGCUGGACGACAAGUUCACUGCAAAGCUCGCCGAUUUCGGUACUUCGAGGCUCAUACCCAUGGAGAAAAGAGAGCUGGUUACUGUGGUGAAAGGAUCUCUCGGGUAUUUAGAUCCUGAGUACUACGAUAGAGAGUUAGUAACCGAGAAGAGCGAUGUAUUUGGUUAUGGUAUAGUCCUAAUGGAGCUCCUGACCGGUAAGAAGGCGUACUAUUCUGAGAGACCACGUGAGUCAAGAAAUCUUGUGGACAACUACGUUUCUGCGUUGAAACAGAAGAGGUUCCACGAGAUCAUAGACGGCCAAGUGAUGAACGAGACCAAUCAGAGUGCGAUCCAGGAAGUUGCAAGAGUAGCGGUGGAAUGCGCAAGAGCGACCGGUGAUGAGAGGCCGACGAUGGAGGAAGUUGCUGCAGUUCUCGAGGCCUUGGAAGACAAGAAAGCGAAACACCAUUGGUGUGAUGAGUAUCCUGAGGGCUUGAUCGGUGUUCAGAUCCUAUCGGAGCAAGGGGAGACUAGUGGUGAGAAUAAUACAAGCUGA